UUAAGGUCAUAUCAGAGAUAUUUAUCCCCUUCACACCAACCUUUCAAUGUUGACUAAUAAGUUGGGAGGUGAUCAGUAUAUUCAACAUGGGUAUGUAAUCUGUUAUGACUUAGGAAUUUAAGGUCACAUCAAAGAUGAUAAACAAGUUUAUCUUCCUGUCAACUCUGCUUCUUCAUUGUUGUCAGACUCAGAUUCUUCAUUAAUUUAAGAACUGAUGAAACUUUCAGUAGGGCAGUUAAUCAGCAAGCUGAAAAGGGAUUCAUAUUUUCCUGCUCAUGGAUUCCAUCUGGACAGACAAUGCCGUUCCCAGGACUUCGCAUUUCGUUCUUGCUGUUUACUUCGCUCUGUUUUUCGUGGUUGCCAGGUUCUUUCUUCACAGAUUCAUCUUUCGUGUAGGUUUCCACGAGUCUUUCUUAAAUAUCACUUUGAUUCCAUGAUGUGGUGGAAUAGUAUUAUGUUCUUGGAGAUGCAUGUGUUAUCUCACUACUGACUGGAAUUUUAUGUCUUCUUCUUCUUCUUCCAGCUCUUAAAUCUUGAUUCCAUCCUUUUUUUCCCCAGCGUGUUAAACCUUAUGUCUAUUGUUGCUGCAAUGCACUUCAUGGAGUUCAUGGAUUUUGUAAUUUGGUGAAAUGUGUCUCUACUUCAUAAUUAACUAAAAUUUACAUUCUUCCAUGCAAGAUUAUUCUUUGAGUUUGUUUGGUAGUGAAUUCAUCUUUGAUGCUUUAAGUUUUUCCUCAAGGCUAAAAGCUCUUUCUUCACGGACAGAACUUCCACUUAAUUUAUUUAUCCUUGUCUUGAGUUUGAUGCAUAAAGUAUAACAGUUUCUGCUGUUAGGUAUUUAGUUGCCGGGUGGUACUCUCAGAUCUCAGAUGUUUCAGGAAUAGAUUGUCGCAUGGAUUUAAUUUCAUCCUCUAGACUUAAGCCUAGUAGCUUGUGAAUUAUAUACUCUCAAACUUAUAUUCCCGAAAAUAGCGCCAUCUUUAAGAUCUUGGAAGGAAUUCGACCUUAUUAAUUUGCGAAUUGUUUAACAGGUGAAAGAUUUGAGCACUUACUGCUUUGAAUUUUGCAUGAACCAAUUCAACAUAAGCCUUGUGUUUCAGAGUCUUGUAUCUAUCUAUUGCAACAGUUUGAGGCUCACAUACUUAACAAAUUUAUGUUUUCAUCUUUCUUAUAUGUUUGAGCACUUAAAAGCGCUUUUAGCAUUCAGGUAUAUGUCAUUUUCUGAUUUUUCCCUGUUCUUACAGCGGGUAGCCACUUGGAUACUCAGAGUUGAAUCUACUUCACUGAAAAUUAUUAAGGCUAGAACAGUGAAGAUCACAAAAUGCUCAGAGUCACUGUGGAAGCUGGCAUGCUAUUCUAGUCUGUUACUUUGUGGGAUAAUGGUCAUCUAUCAUGAGCCAUGGUUCAACAAUGUAGAGGAAUUCUACAGAGGAUGGCCUAACCAAGAGCUCAAGUUUUUUCGGACCGGAUCAGUUGUACUGGCUUUGCAUGAUGCUAGUGAUGUGUUUCUUGAAGCAGCUAAAGUGUUAAAAUAUUUCGAAAAGGAAUUUGGAGCUAGCGUAUGCUUUGGGUUAUUUGCUUGCUCAUGGUUUGUACUAAGGCUAGUAUAUUUUCCAUUCUGGGUCAUAUGGUCUUUCAGCUUUUACUCUGCUGGAUUCCUCAAUCUAUCAGACCCUUAUCAUAUGUCCCUGUACUACAUCUUCAAUUCAUUGUUAUUGACAUUGCUUGUGUUCCACAUUUACUGGUGGUACCUCAUUUCCUCAAUGAUUAUGAGACAGCUAAAAAAUAGGGGAAAAGUCGGAGAGGACAUACGAUCGGGCAUUAGAUUGAAUCUGGUGAAAACGUUGUUUAACUCACUCAACAAGAAAGAUGUUGAACAAAAAGAUGAAUGA